AAUAUAGCUGAGUAUGAGUUACCAACUUCAACCAAAGCCUCUCCAAUUAUGUAAUAAUAUGCGAUUAAUUUAUAGAUUAUUAUUUGCCUUACAUUCCUCAACUAGCUAUACCGAUGGUCCCGCAAUACCCAAUCUGCAAUUUUCCCUAAUAAAUGAGUUCAAUUUAUUACCCAGCAGUUCCAGGAACUUCUUAAGAUAAUUGUAUUGUAAUCGAAGAUGAUAAUGUAAGUGAAUUAUUUAUAAUCUGCUUGUAGUUAUAGCCCCCACUGAACUAAAUUCACUCUAUGAUGAUACAAUCAUAUACCAAUAGAGAAUCGAUCGUUCUCCAAGAUUAGGUGAUGCAACAGGAACAGCCAGUAGAAAAAAUAACUCCUUAAACCAACAAUUUGAAUGAGAAUGAUCCUCACAUUCGAAUUACUGUCUACAAAUAACAUUCAAGUUAAACUGACUCAGAAUUUAUACUUUAAAAUGACAGGUAUUAAAUGAGAUUAACACUUAGGAUUUUGGGAUCCCAAUACAAAAAAGAAAUAAUUAUUGGUAGAAAAAGGCAGUAAGAAGAUAAACAAGACACUUGUGAUAUCUGUAUUUACUUUUAUAACUCAUUUAAGAUUUACCGCAUGGUGACAAGAAUGUUGAAAAAGUUCACUGCAAAAUUUUGACUGAUAAAGGCUUCACCUUCUCAAACACUCUCACUCAACCUCUCAUACUAUUCUUUUCUCUUUUUAGGAAUAAUCCACAUGCAUCAAAACUACCUUUUUAAGUUAUUAAGCAUAUUUAUUCUUUUAUCAAGUAAUUCCUAUACUAAUCUCUAGAAAUAAACCUUAAUUUUACAUCAGUGACAACGGUACCAAAAGCGGUACUUUUAUGAAAAUAAAGAAGGACAAACUUAGAAGCAUCGAAUAGGAUAAUUCUUAUUUGAUAGGGGCAGAUACCUAUUUCCAUGUUUUGGAGUUGAAAUCAAAACCUAAACAAAACAAAUCAAAGAAGGUGAAAGACCAAAACUAUUUCUAUAAUGCACUUGCUAAGGAAUACACAAGAAAAGGAGCUAAGAUCCAUGGACUUACAUUGGAGGAAACUGAAAUGUUGAAUUUCGCCAAGUAAAAAAAAAGAACUUCAUAAAAACUAAGUGAAUAUGAUAGACCCUAUUUAAAAAUUACAUUCGAUAUUUAAGCAACUCAUUAGACAUCAACUCACAUUUUUGUUGCUAACUACAAUUAAGAAUCUGUGUAUAAAAUUGGAAGAUCCCAAGAAUGCGAUGUUUUAGUUAAUAUCAACACUGUCUCAAGAAGACAAGCAUAAAUUAUUUAUAAAAAUAAUGAGUAUUUUGUCAUCACUAUUUAAGAUGGUUCAUUCAUGAUGGAGAAGGAUUGAGAGAGUCGGCCAACGGAACUUGGCAAUCACUUCAAAGCUUUACUCAUAAAAAUCAUGAAAAAAAAUGUUAAUAAAGCAGACUUUAACUCAUAGAAGAUUAAAUGGAAAUCAAAAUAAGUGAGAACAUUGUCAAAUUUGAUUUUGUGAACUUUGGUACCACAAAGAAGUAAAAUUAUAACCUAUAUUUAUAGACGCAAACUUAAUAAAGUUUUAAUUCAAGAUCUACUUAAUCUAUAGUGA